CGAGACGUGGUUCAACUGACUUGUGGCUGUAUCUUCCGAAAUAGUACGUUAUUACGUCGGCACCUUGAAGCAUCAGCUGGGAACAGAACCAUCGGAUUCAUUGGUGCAGCUGAGAUGUCCCAUCCCCUGGAGCAGCAGCAGCAGCAGCAGAAGAAGAAGAAGAAGAAGAACAAAAAGAGUGGCAUACCAGAUCGGUGGCUGGACUACUGCCCUGUAGGAAAGAGGAUCCCAGGAACUCGAUUCAUUGCCUUCAAGGUGCCUUUAAAACCGUCCCUGAACUGUCAAGUUCCCGGCUCUCACUCCUUUGGUCUGCAGGACCUGCUGGACUCGGUGCAACGCCAAAACCAGGAGCUUGGCCUGAUCAUAGAUCUCACCUUCACCACGAGGUACUACGCAGCGAGCGAAGUCCCACAGUCCUGCUCCUACGUCAAGAUCCCCACCGAGGGUCACCGCGUUCCCUCUGCUGAAGCCAUCCUCAGCUUUAAGCGGGCGGUGAGGCAGUUCCUGAAGGAGAACCGGGUCAACGACAGGUUAAUCGGAGUGCACUGCACUCACGGCCUGAACCGCACCGGGUACCUGAUCUGCCGGUACCUCAUCGACGUGGAUGGCUUGGAUCCUGCAGCGGCUCUGCAGCUCUUUAACGCCAGCAGAGGUCAUUGCAUUGAGAGGAAGAACUACCUUCAUGACCUCCUGAGAGGCGCCAAGAGAAGCAACGAAGGCGUCGACAAGCCAGUCAAAGGACCACCGGCGGCCAUAAAGCAGGGGGAGAAGGCAGUGACCAGCACGCCGGCGCCGGAUGGCCAAGGUUCUGGUGACGAGUCAGCAGAGAAUCAGCAGCCCAACCAGAAACAACCACCCAGUAAACAAACCAAGCGUAGAGUUCGGCGUCGGCCAAAAAAGGGGGACAAGAAGUCUUGUGAUGGAUCCGCCCCCACCACCUGAGCCCAGUAGGAAAACAAACCGGUUUAUAAAGCCGAUUCAGGUCAAUUCAACCCAAGAAGACGGAAACAACGACAGGGUUUGGCUUAUUUUACCGUUUCUGUGCGAUUUCCUUGUUUCCUGCAACAGAAAUCAAAUAUUUAUUAUCAAAUAUUUAAAAGGCUCAAUGAUCCAAUUUAAGCCCGGGAAUUACACCUUUGAUACUGAGCGUUUAGAUCAGGUUCAUUUUUGGCUUCUUAUUUCUUGUUACGCAUUAUUUAUUCCCAGUAUGGCCGCAGAGUAGCAUGGUUUAACUUAUUAACUUACAACACGCAGAAUGAGUGAAAUUCAUCUGUUUGUGGCUUUAUUUGACAGGAAAGUUUAUUACAAUAUCUCUGAUGGUCAGAUUUCAAUAAUCAAAACUCUUAUUCUGUUUAACAAAAAAAUCUUUUAGGAGUUAAAAGGUAUCAAAAGGUUUUCAGAUAUUGAGGUUACCAGUUCCAGCUAGUAAUUUAAAUUUGAAUUUUUGUGUGUUAGAAUUUUGAAUAAAGCUUGACUUAUUAAAGCUUGAUUAUAUAAA